AUGAGGCUCACUAGAUUGUGGAUCGCUGAAGGAUUUGUUGAACAUGCCAAAGGGGUAACAGCAGAAGAAGUUGCAAACAGCUAUGUUAUGGAACUCAUUUUUCGUAACAUGCUACAGGAAAGGUAUCAAGAACACAACCAUGCAUGUAAGAUGCAUGAUGUUAUGCGGGAGAUUGCUUUGUCAAUAGCAGAAAAAGAAAAGUUUUGUUCCAUACAUCAAGGGAGUGAAACAGUGGAAGAAACUGGGGCCCUGCGUUUGUCAAUCCAAACUACUAAUGGAGAAAUUGGAUAUUCAUGCACAGGUUUGUCACGGCUUCGUUCUUUUCUUGUGUUUGCAACUGGCACAUCCUCGUUCUCUUUCUCAAAGACAUUGCUUUUUAACCAUACAUUGUUGAGGGUUCUAGAUUUGGAGGAUGUCCCAAUAGAUAAUCUGCCAGACGAAGUAACGUACUUAUUCAAUUUAAAAUAUUUAAAUUUGAGAGGUACUCCAAUUAAGGAGCUUCCAGAAUCCAUAGGACAGCUCCGCAACCUUCAGACCUUGAACAUCAUGGACACAAACAUAGAGGCACUUCCAAGAGGGAUUUCCAAGUUGCUGAACUUGCGACAUCUAGUUAUGAGCCAUUACCAAAAUCUUUCCCUGGUAAUUGGGGUAAAAAUACCAUCAAGUAUUAGUAAGAUGAAGAAAUUGCAGUAUUUGGGAUGUAUUAAAUCCGAAGGAAAUAUCAUUAGACUUAUUGGAAAUAUGACCCAGCUUAAGGCCCUUGGCAUUACAAAUGUGAAAGAAAGAGACGAGGAGGACCUAUGUGCCUCAAUUCAAGAGAUGAAGGUUCUUUCCAAGUUGGGUUUAUGGGUAGCAGAUGGAGAGGACUUUCUUCGACUUAACACAUUGUCUUCACCUCCUCCCUUCCUUGAUACACUUACCUUGAGCGGCAAAUUGGAAAAGGUACCACAUUGGGUUUGUUCACUCCACUCUCUCAUAUAUUUGCGUCUGGGUGGGUCUAGACUUGAAGAAGAGGUACCACCUCAUAUCGAAGCAUUGCCUUCUCUGCGUUUGCUUUGCCUUGAUAAUUCCUAUGUUGGGAAAGAGUUAUGUUUCAGCAGUGGCUUUGUGAAGCUUACGUAUAUGGCGUUGACUAAUUUCUCAUUAUUAAAUAAGAUAACUAUUGAGGAAGGGGUGAUGCCAAAUCUUGACUUCUUAAUUAUCAAUACGUGCUUGAGCUUAGAGAGACUGGCACUGGGUAUUGAGCACCUUACUAAACUAGAAGGAUACACAUUCGAGAGUGUUUCAGAGCAAUUUACAGAGUCCAUACGAGAAGGAGGUGUGGAUCAUGCAAGGAUGCUACUAGUUGACGAGAGAUGCAAGAAAUAUGCGUAA